CAUUCUUUUCAGAACCACCGCAAGACCGUCGGUGAGCAGUACGCAGCCAUAACACUGCCCCAAUCUUGGAUACCGAAACUCAAAGGUGAGAAGACGCGGUUUAAAGAUGUGGGCUGGGAAUCUGGGAGCUCAUCAGAGGGGCCGAGCUUCACUCGAUGACCGGCUGACGGAAGCGCCUCACGAGAGAUUUCGCUGCGCUGGCCCGUCCGAGAACAUUUCCUUCUGCGAGACAUACGACAUCGGAUACGUUCGGGACAAGCUUCCUAAGCUUAAACCGGAUUUUGCCGAGAUUUUGGGGCAGGCGAUUACGCGGCAUCAUCAGUUUCUCAAGUACCGCGAAGCCCACCAUGCGAAGGUAUCAGCAGGCCUAGAGACGCUGGUCCGUGACCGACAACGUCCGGGCUCAGCAACUGUUACGGGCCGGACCGAGAUAGUCCCCAUGACAGUUGCCUCAUCGCUACCGGACGACCUGAAGACCCUCACACACAUCGACCUGAGAACAAGCGUCUUUGAUGAAGAUCGUGGAUCAGGCACGGGGUUUUCGAAACCUCAUAUGCUACAUCCGCUGGCUUCCUAGCCGAGGAAGUCGAUGGGCAGCGUUUGAUACCACCGCCCCCGCUUAGAGUGCCACCUUACCCGAGGGCGCUGAACGUGGAAGCUUUGAGUGCCCUUUCUGCUAUAGAAUGGUAUCUGCUAGGACCCGUGCGGCAUAGAAACGACACGUGUUUGAAGACCUCCGGCCCUACA